AGGCGGUUGUUACGGUUCCAGCUUAUUUUACAGAUGCGCAGAGGCUGGCCACCAGAAUGGCUGGGAGUAUUGCAGGUCUCGAAAUACUGAGGAUAAUAAAUGAGCCGACGGCGGCCGCUAUCGCCUAUGGAUAUGAAGAGGUUUAGAGGAGAACGUAAUGUUUUAAUUUACGAUUUAGGUGGCGGCACUUUUGAUGUGUCUGUUCUUACGAUAGCCGACGGUUCUGUGUAUGAAGUGAAAGCUACAGCCGGCAAUUCUAGACUAGGCGGUGAGGAUUUCGAUAACCGAUUAGUCGCGUACUUUGCUGAGGACUUCCGUAAGCGCUUUGGUAAAGAGGUGUGCAAGGAUAACAAAUGUGUGCGACGUUUGAAAUCGGCAGCGGAAAAAGUGAAACUGUGUUUAACCUCAGCUGUGGAAGCUACAGUACAAAUUGAAGCAUUAUACGACGGUGUCGAUUAUACGAAUCGAGUUUCGAGAGCUCUAUUCGAGGAUUUAUGCUCUGAUCUCUUCAAUGACACCUUGAAGCCCGUGGAGCAAGCUUUAAGAGAUGCUCGUAUGAAGAAAUGUAACAUUCAUGAUAUUAUCUUAGUCGGAGGCAGCACUCGAAUACCAAAGAUAAGAAGUAUGUUAACGGAAUUUUUCGAUGGCAGAAACAUAACUACCUCGAUAAAUCCGGAAGAGGCUAUAGCGUGUGGAGCAGCCAUCCAAGCGGCAAUAUUAUCCGGACAACGCACAAAAAAGAUUCAAGAUUUACUGCUAGUCGACGUAGUGCCAUUGUCUCUGGGAGUAGAAACUGCCAGAGGUAUGAUGUUUAAAGUGAUCGAGAGAAAUACGCCCAUACCUUGCCACAAAGUACGCGAAAUAACUACUUUAGAGGACUACCAGAAUGCUAUGACUAUCGAGGUGUUCGAAGGGGAACGUACAAUGACUAGAGACAAUAACUUAUUGGGUGUUUUCGAGCUGAACAAUAUCCCACCGGCACCGAGGGGUGUACCUAAAAUUGAUCUGAUUUUCGAUGUUGAUGCAAACGGGAUUUUAACUGUAUCAGCGCAAGAUAAAAGCACUGGUAACUGCGAGAGAAUCGUGAUCGAGAACACGCACCGAUUCGGACGGAAUGAGGUUCACAAGAUGAUAGCAGACGCCGAGAGAUUUCACGAGGAAGACAUAGAGAACAAACGCAGAUUGGAAGUGCGCAACCAAUUGGAGACGUACAUUUACAACGUCAAGCAAACUGUGGUUGAAAAUUUGGAGCGUGUGAGUGGCAAUGAUUGCGCAACCAUGAUGGGGGAAUGCAAGGAGGCCAUUGCAUGGCUCGAAGAUAACAUGGACUGUCUUAGAGAAGAGUAUGAGAGGAAAAUGUCGGAAUUAUUGCGUCGAUGGUCGUGUAGAAUAAGUAAACUGAGUCAUUGCUGGGGUCACAGAGCGAAACGGCAGCGGAGCGAGACAGAGCGAAGCGUUGAAAUGACUGGCGAAUCGACUACCAUAACAGAAGUUGACGAUGGUCAUUAAUUGAAUGAAAUCAGUGUGGUAAGUCGCUUUUUUGUACUUUUUUGCUUUUACACAUUGUGCUAAAAUAACGCUUUAUCCUUAGUUAUAACCAUUGCCUUUGUAUUCUGAUAUCUAAGAAGAUAAAAUUGGUUUUCUUUCCAGCGGAAUCACGAAUUCAAAACUAACGAGUCAAUUGGCGAUAUACAAUUAAAAUAAGGACCAUUUUUGAAUUUAACAUUUGUGUAUAUGUGCUUUUUAUAGAGUUGAUUAUAAUAUUUUUAACAGCGUCUUGCCAGCUUCUGAAGUAUGGAAAGUGUAAGACUACAUUUGCUUUAUGUCAAUGUACUUGUUGUUAGUGUUAAGAGUUUUUACAGGCAGAUUCAAUAUCAUACAUCUAUUAAGAAUAGCUAUAGAAUUUUGUGUGAUACUCGUCUAUGAAAGCAACGCUAUCUAUUAAAAACCCUUUUAACUUUUAUGCAAUAUCCGUAUCCGUAUCAUGUCCGUAUCCCGUAGGAAUAUCGGGAUAAAAAGUUGCCUAUAUGUUAUUCCAGUUGUCCAGCUGUCUACGUAACAAAUUUCAUUGCAAUCGGUUCAGUAGUUUUUGCGUGGAAGAGCAACAAACGCACACACACCCUUACAAACUUUCGCAUUUAUAAUAUUAGCAGGAUAGGAUUUUAUACGCAUACCAUGAAUGUCUGUAGUUACUAGUUAGUAUUAUCCAGCAUAUUGUUAUUUUUUAUCUGUUUUACAAUAUAUAGAUUAGCUGAUUCACA